AUGAAACUUACCAGUGCACUUUUUCUUGCUUCCGCUACUGCUCAAGAACCAGGAAAGUACAAAGACUUGAGACAAACAGUCAGAAACAGCGUCAGCGAAUCAAACCGAGUCGCUGGGUCCAGCGAUGAUUCCCGUGCUGCUCUCGAAUGCACGAUCCCGGAAGUCAGUGGCAACGUUGAUGGCUACUACUGCAAUAGCAAGCGAUGUACUUUGAUGUGCAAACCAGGAUCGAUUCCUGACGGACGAGCGCGAAACAGAUGCAUCAAUGGCGAGUGGGAGGAUGCAUUCCCCAACUGCAUAACUUGCGAAGGCAGUGUCGAUGCUGAGCCAGCCGUCGCCGACAACAACUUGGGAUUCGUCUGCUCCGUCGAUGACCCCACUGAUGACCGAAGAUGCGCUAUGACAUGCUCAAACGGAGGCGACAUCUUCCCAGCUACAGCGACUAAUAAUAUCGACCUUGUCUGCAACUGCCACAAGAGAAAAGGCUGCGAGUGGAGAGAAGAUGGAUCAAAGAAGGCAGCCGACCUCAGCUCUUACUCCUGCUCUACUCCAACAGUAACUAUUCCAGAAGGAUGUCCUGCAGACAAAGCCCCCGAAUGCACUCAACUCACAAGAAACAAAAUCUCUUUCCAAAAUUCCUGGACAUGCCGAAACUGCUUCCGAAUCCGCGCGUCCUACAGCCUCUCCGACCUCGACUGGAGCGACCUCGAUUUCCUCGUGAUUCGAUUCGACGUUCGCGUUUCUUGGCUCAGCUGGGGACACCCCGUCGACGAUGCUAUCAGCUUGGACAACGAUGAUGGCUUCUUAUGGAAGGUCACCUUCAAAAAGAACGCGAACUUCCAAAGUGGAAUGAUGUUUGAUGCCAACUUGAGAACUUUCAACAACGCUGUCAAUGUCAACGCAAACUGGGUUAUUGAAGAUAUUCAAUCCUGCCCUUGCUCAAACACGGACUACGGUAACUAA